AUGGACAACACCCAACAACAGCGCACAGCCCAAGGGCAUGGGUCGCUCAUCAGACCGGAGCAAGUCUCACGGCUUCCUCAGCUCAAUGCGCAACAGAAGCAACAGUACGAACAACACGUGCGGAAAUUAUGGGAAGUGAUGAAUGCAGUUCCACAAGGUGACCAGAGACAGACCGAGGCAUACAAUAAGCUCGUUCAGACCUCUCAGACGUUGAUGGCAGGCAUGAAGAACUUUCAACAAAUGGCGCAACAACAGAAGAAAAGAGAGCAGAUGGUGGCCCAGGCUGCGCAGGCAGCAUCGGCAGGACAGCCAGCUCAGGGCGGUCAAACAGCCCAACAGGCAGCAGGCCAGUCACAGGGCCAAGCCUCUGGGAAUGCGACAAUGUUCAACCAGCUCUACCAGGGUAUCCAGGACAAGGUUAAUGGUCUUGUGUUUUACUAUCCCACAGCCAUGGUCGAGGGCACCAAGCAAGCCGAUGACUGGUUGCGCGAAGCUAAAGCUAGGUAUGGGCAGGCGCUGCAAAGGCUGCAAGUCGCCACAACCAAGUACAACGAGACCAAGACGAAUUACAGCCAACGUCAAGCCUCUGGACAAAUGCAGCCGCAGGAGGAACAGUCAUACCGAACCAGAAUGUCGCAAUGCCAGAAAGCCAUCCAGGAGAGCCAGAAUUUCAUGGAGAAGUUUAGAAAUCAACAGAACGAAUUCCGCGCCCAGCAGCCGCAGAAUCAAUACCAGAAGCAAGCCAGCCAACAAGGGCAAGGCGCAGCAGUCCCAAUGUCUGCAGGCGGUACGCAAACCAACACACAGGGACCUCCAGCAUAUUCGAUCAGCGACGCAGUAUCCGCGGCUAGAAACCAGCAGGCGCAAGCGGCCGAAACUGGGCAGGCAAGUGUCACUCCCACAAAUGCGAAUGCUCCCCAGCAACCAAACCCCGCCGGAGCAAGUGCAACCCCAGUGAAGACCGAAAACCAGGAGCAAUCCGCGUUCGCUUCACAGGCGCAGGCAAGUGCCUUGAACAAUUCACUUCCCCAGUCCGCAGGUGCUCGUCCAUCGUCACAACCGCAAUCGGCACUUCAACAGCACGCAUCGCAGCAAAAUAUCCAUGCCCAUCCUCUAGCGCAAAAUCUAAACGUAACGAAAGCGCCACAACUAGCCAUAACCAAGAACCUGCAAGUUACCGAACCUCGUCCUGUAUCGAUGCCUCCGUCGCGGCCUACCAUGUCCGGUGGUGCUGGCGUUGGCAUGCCUGGGUCGAUGAGUCAGCCUGCCAUUCCUCUGCUACCAGGAUACGUGCUUGAGCACUCCGAAGAUGGUCGCGUUCUGGGCAGGAAGAAACUCAACGAGCUCUUGCGGGAAGUCGUCGGACCCGGCAUCGGUGGCGAAGAGCAGUUCAUGAGUGCCGAUGCCGAAGAGAUCUUCCUCCAAGUAGCAGACGACUUCGUGGACGACCUCGUCACUAUGGCCUGCCGCCUCGCCAAAGCCCGCCAGAGUCCAAUGCUCGACCUUCGCGACAUUCUUAUCGUCCUCGAGCGCAACUACAAUAUCCGCAUUCCGGGCUACUCGACCGAUGAAAUCCGAACGGCGAGGAGGCCGCAGCCGGCUACGCCGUGGGCGCAUAAGAUGGCAGCGGUGCAGGCGGCGAAGGUCACUGGUGGAGCAGGACAGAAUGGUGCUUGA